AGAAAACACGACGCCUAGUGAAGCUUGUGUGUUUAUAUUUCUGCUAUAACCAGAUACGUGAGUGAGGUGACUGUUGACAUAAAACAACGUUUUUCCUCAGGUUGACGAUGAAAGGACGAUCAAGAGUCCCGCUCUGCUGAAGUUUCCUUGAGCAAGUCACUGAGGUGGGGCACUGCACUGUAGCUGACCUCGCUUUGGAUGAUCAAAUGGUGAACAAGCUGCCCUGUGGGUCCAAUAAAGUGUCUUGUGUAAGUGGCUGAUAAGCACUUGAAGAUGAGUAAGUGGGGAGACAGAGUGAAGAAGGUGGAGCAGCUUGCUCAGUCGUUCCAUCUGAAUCCUCUGGCCACUCCCUACAAGCCUCGACUGUGGCCAUGCCAGCCUUCCUCCAUCUGGAAGCUCUUCCCUCGUCAGAGUAUGGCUAUCAGCUUCACUCAGAGCUGCAAAGAGGCUGUGCAUGUUUUUGCACUUGAAAAAGAAAAGGCAUCCCUGGGUCAAAGGAUCUUCCUGGUUACCAGUUACAGUGAGCUAUGGCACUACUACAGGACUUACACACAGUCCUUGAUGCACUGCUACGAGGUGAUACCAGAGGGCGCUGUUUGCAAGCUUUACUUUGACUUGGAGUUCCACAAGCCCUCUAAUAAAGGAGCCGAUGGCAAAGCUAUGGUGUCUUCGCUUAUCCAGUAUGUCUGUGACAAGCUGAUGGAAGUUUAUGGGAUUAAAUGCUCCGCAAAAAAUGUCCUCAACCUCGACUCCAGCACAGAAGAGAAGUUCAGCCGACAUCUCAUCUUCAAUCUCCCAAAUGCAGCUUUCAAAGACAACAUACACGUGGGCAGGUUUAUUCAUACAAUUCUUCAGCCAGUCCUGAGCACCCUAAAAAGUUGCCAGAAUGUUGGGAUGAAUUCAGCGGCAGAAAGCGUCGAAACACGAACACAUGCUGAUUCAGCAAAGGCAGGUGAGACACUUGAGAGUCCACAGGCCAAGAGGCGCAAGCAGGAAGAGAAAGACCUCAGUUUCCUCCAGGUGAAAAACAAGGAUGGCCAAGACUGUUUAUUUGUUGAUCUUGGUGUUUACACUAAGAACAGAAAUUUCCGGCUUUACAAGUCAUCAAAAGUGGGAAAGAACGCUGCUUUCACGGUGGCAGACGACAACAAGUUUAUUGACAAACCUCAGAAGGGAAUGUCUGCGGAGGAAAGCGUGUUCUUGGCUUCUUUAGUCUGUAACGUGAGUUUCACAGGUCAGAAAAUUCUGAUGUCCGAUGCCCCAGAGACGAAGGAUUCCAAAACCUCAAAGCCUCAUUGUCAGCAGGGAUCAGCCACAAAUCCAGAUACACUUUCUGGCUGCCUGUCAUCCCCUCAUCAGGAAGUGGACAACUUUGUACUGACUCUGGUUAAAAAGGACGGCGUACAUGGAAGCAUCAGACGGUGGAACUACUUUGUCGCCGAACAACUUCUUGUCUACGACAUUGCAAAAUACCGCUGGUGUGAAAAUGUGGAGAGGUUUCAUAAAAGCAACAACAUUAUGAUUGUUGUGGACCUCAAAGAGGAAGCGUGGUACCAGAAGUGUCACGAUCCUGAAUGCAAGAACUUUAGGUCCUCAAGUUACCCACUGCCGCAGGAGAUCUGCGUCAGCUACAUCAUGGCACUGGAUGAGGAAGACCAGGCUUACUUAAUGGAUGAUGCUGGUAACAUUGAACUCAGCCAGACAUCAAACCAGGCCCCACAGAGCACAGGGGAGGAAUCAGCUGAGGUGUGGGGAGACAAACAGGAUGACCAGGACCUUUUAGAGAGCCUAGAUGACUUUGAACAAAACAACGAAGAUAUCUCUGAUCAGCUUCUUCUCAAAUGUAUGGCGGAUUUUGACUCCAAGUAGAAGGUAAACAGUCUGGAUCAGGAACCACUAUCCCCACCAGACAUGCCUGAA